AAUUCAGAAAAGAAAACGGAGCCGGAAAAUUCUCGGUUUCCCGGCUCUGAAUUCCCGGGAAACUUCUCGCUCCUGCGGUCUUUGUUUCUCCCUUCUUCUCCAUUGUCCCUUCCCUCUCUUCUCCUUCUCUCGUAAUUAUCGAUAAUACCAGGAGAAGGACCUCCAGAUCUCCCCUUUAUCGUGGUAUUACGCGUAUGAUCUUGGAUUUUCCCCGGAUCGAUCUGACAGGGCUUUUUCCAUAGGUUUAUUCGUUAGGAAUUGGUUUGUUUGUUUUGAUCGAUCAACAGCUGUGAUGGACGAAUUCGGUGUUCUUACGGAGCGUUAUGGGCUAAAGCCUCAAGGGAAAUCCGCUCCGAUGGCGGCGGCGAAGCGAUCGGCGAACCCUAACAAUGGACAGAGCUGGCAUUUUGGUUCGAACAUAAACACAAAACCUACCUCGUAUUCUUCGGAUAGAUCUAAGAACGCGGAUUCUGGUAAUGCGUCGUUGUUUGACGGCGACGACAUCUUCUCUAAAUCGAAACCCGUACAUAGGGUAGACAUGAAUUCUGGUGGGUUUGACGAUUUCGGUGCUUUCGGUGGUUUAAACAAGUCUUCCAAUACGUCUGGUAAUAGUAAACCCUCGUUUGGUGAUGACUUGAUGUUCCCAAAUGUGGGGAAUUCGGGAGCGAAAAACGCCACUUCGAUUAAUGGUUAUGGUGAUGAUAUAUUUGAUGGUACGAUGAAGUCGAAGAUCUCUCCUAGCGUUGAUAAAGAUGAUAUAUUUGGAUCAUUCUCUUCGCCGGCGAAGCAAAAUGGUUCUGUAGAUGAUCUAUUGGGUGAUUUUAGCCAAUUUGGUACUAAAUCGAAGAGCUGGAACCAGAACAGUUCGGGUAACUUGGCGAAGGAUGCAGCUGAUUUUGAUGAAUUGAUUCCCGGGUUUGGUGAAAGUGCUCCACCAAGUAGCGGGACUGCCAAAUCAACUACUGCUGUCGACGACCCUUUUGUAGUUCUAGAAUCAACUUCAGCUUCGGGGCAUUCUUCUUCGGGUGUAUUUGUGGAUCCACUGGAAGACUUUGCAUUUUCAGUGAGUUCUAAUGGGACAAAGCCUUCAAAUUCUUCACAAACUUCAACAAAACUCCGGCCUCCACCUAAACCAGCACAAAAAGUAAAUGAAGUUAAGAGCUCAGGAAUGUCUUCGAUAGAUGCACUUGAAGAGUUUGCAAUGGGUAGGGAGCGACCUAAUAAAUAUAACGAAGCUGAAGAUGUUAGAACAAAGAAACAACAAACUAGUGUAGAUGACCUCGACUUCUUUUCCAGCUCUGUGUCCCGCUCUAGCAGUGCACCAAAAUCUCGGGCUACUACUGAUAUUUUUAGCAAGCCAGUAUUUAACGCAAAGAAGACAUCUAAUGGGGUUCAAUCUAGUGCGAAGAAGCCUGUUCCUCCAGCUAAUUUGGUGGAUGAUUUUUCUUCAGUUUUUGGAGCUGACCCUUUAUUUGGAGAAUUCGAGGACAUUCCGGGGGAAAGUGAAGAAAGACGAAAUGCUAGAUGGGAUCGUGAACGUAGAACGAAGAACCGUGUUGCACAGGCUGUGGCUGAUAUGAAUCACCGAGAUCGUCAAACUCAGCUUGAACAAGAAGAAAGGAGUAGGAUUGCUGAGACAAUCAAUGCUGAGAUAAAGCGCUGGGCUGCUGGGAAAGAAGGCAACAUGCGUGCAUUGUUAUCUUCAUUGCAGAUUGUACUCUGGCCAGAAUGUGGUUGGCAGCCAGUUUCUCUGACGGAUUUGAUCACUUCCACAGCAGUCAAGAAAGUAUAUAGAAAAGCGACACUGUAUGUUCACCCUGAUAAAGUUCAACAGAAAGGAGCUACCCUUGAACAAAAGUAUAUUGCCGAAAAGGUCUUCGACAUUCUUAAGGAAGCUUGGAACAAGUUCAACAAAGAGGAGCUCUCUUAAGAGCAUCAUCACCUUUGAUCUAUGUAUUUGCCUGAACAAUCACACAAGCUCGCUCUGAAAUCUUUCAUUUUCGUGGUAGAGGAAAUUGCAUCCACACAUAAUACUAAAGGGGCAGAGAAUGGAAUCUAUAUAUAUAUAUAUAUAUGGCAAACCCUUGGUAAGAUAUGCUUCUUUCUUCUCUGCAUUCUUGAAUCCAGGGCUUUAAUCCAAUGGCUUUUUGCCCACCUGAUGAUUAGAGACCAUUGAAGAGGUUUGUACUGUGUUCUUGUUUGUUACGGGAUUGUACAAAUGCUUUCUCUGCAAGCGCAUAUGUAUGCCCUCCUCCAGUUCCAUUGUCUCGAUUCUUUCAUAUCCCCUCCACAGAUAUGGGGAAUGUUGUAAUAACCGUUCUUUCCAACACAAAUCAUGUUCUCUUUGUUUCACUUUCCCUUUUAUUUAUUGAUGUUAUUCGACGUCAA